CAAGACAUAGCUGAACUCAUGCACUGAUUUGAAGAGUGCAGAGCCAUCACCUUUGACUGAUAAUUGUAGCCAUCUUGUUUGGGUUUAGAAAUAAAAGAGGGGAGGGGCAUCUCUCUAUUUAGUGGUUCUAUAUGCCCUUAAAAAGUGACAUGAGAGUGCUAUUUCUUAAACUAUACACUGUAGCAGCAGGGACGCUCUGACUUUUUUAGUGAAGUAUGUAACGGGAAUGGCUGGUUUUAGUAUGGGGUCUCUUUAGGGGGGAAAUGUUCCCUGAGAAAAGGCUACCAAAAGAAUGAUGAGCUUAAGGAACAAACAAUGUCACUUGUAUUGGUGCUUAGGUUUUAUUUAUUUUGUCUUUGUGUAAGAGACUUAUAUUUAGAUGAUUAGAUGCAGCUACUUUUUCAGUUUCCAUGGAUCUGACAUGAUUGUCGAUGUAAAUCAGACUUUUACAUGUCACCGGGAUUUAAAGUUUUUUACUUCUCUUAUGCUUAGUCAGGAGUAGGCGAGUAGCAAAAGAAUGACGAGCUUAAGGAACAAACAAUGUCACUUAUAUUGUCUUUGUGUAAGAGACUUAAAUUUAGAUGAUUAGAUGCUGUCACUUUUUCAGUUUCCAUGGAUCUGACAUGAUUGUAGAUGUAAAUCAGACUUUUACAUGUCACCGGGAUUUAAAGUUUUUUUAGCUCUCUUAUGCUUGGUUGGGAAUAAAUACAAUUAUGGUUUGUUUCACCUUUGGGGGUUAUAAAAUUUGGGGUUUAGAUUAGUUGUAUGGUGCUAAGUAUAUUAAAACGUUCAUUUGUUUUAAUUAAAAGAUCAGAUAUGAUAUUCUGAUCCUUUUUGCCCACUGCUAAAUUAUGCCUUUAUUCUGUAUUGACUAUUGGCAUGCAUGUGUAGCCAUGUAUACUACAUGAGUGGUGAUGCAUGGAAGGAAGGAGGUAUUGAUGCUACAGGUGCUCUGAUGGUGAUAACUCUGAAAAUUAUAUCAUGUGUCAUAAACUAUAAUGAUGGAAUUCUCAAAGAUGAUGAUCUACGUGAAGCACAAAAGAAAAAUUGGUUGCUGAAGAUGCCAUCAUUACUGGAGUACUUUGGGUUCUGUCUAUGUUGUGGAAGUCACUUUGCCGGUCCUGUUUAUGAAAUGAAAGACUAUAUUGAAUGGACAGAGAGGAAAGGGAUCUGGCAACCUUCGGCCAAGGGACAGUCCCCCUCUCCUUAUUGGGCAACUCUCAGGGCUCUUCUGCAAUCUGCUAUCUGCAUGGGCUUGUAUCUGUAUCUUGUACCACAUUUCCCACUUUCUCGAUUCACAGAACCAGUGUACCAAGAAUAUGGGUUCUUCAAGAAGUUGAGUUACCAGUACAUGUCAGGUUUCACUGCUCGUUGGAAGUAUUAUUUUAUUUGGUCAAUUUCAGAAGCUUCUACUAUUAUUUCCGGCCUGGGAUUCAGUGGCUGGACAGAUUCAAAUCCACCCAAGCCAAAAUGGGACCGUGCAAUAAAUGUCGAUAUAUUAGGUCUCGAGUUGGCUAAGAGUGCAGUGCAGAUACCAGUAUACCACUUGUGUGGAAUAUUCAAGUCAGCACCUGGCUUAGGCACUGUUUGAAAGUACACGGUGAUAGAGAGAUUGACAAAGAGAUAAGCUUCAAGGGUCCUAUCCAGCCUGAUGCAUCUCAAUGUGGAUUUUAUGUCAUGAAGUUCAUGAAAGAGAUCAUAACACGCUAUGAACUUAAUGCCUACACGUCUCUAUCAUCGAUGUUUAAGAAUGUUAAGACAUACACCGAAGCUGAAAUCGAUGAUAUUCGUGAGGAAUGGGCAACUUUUGUGAUAAAGCAUGUGUUUGCUUGAACUUUAGGAAUGGAGCAGAUGAUAGGAAAGAUAGAAGUUCCCGGGAACUACAAUCCUUAUUUACAACAAGAAGACUACAACAUGGAUGGAUAACCGUAUAGAUCUCUUGACUUGUGGUAUAUGUGCUUUAUGAACUGAAAAUAUUAGUUUCUUCUACUCGAACUCGGAGAAUGCUGACCUUGUCGUCUUGAACUGCAUUUUGUCUGGCCUCGUUGCUUUAAAUUACUCAUGUAUUGGACUGCAUUUUGCCCUGUAGAUUAACAGAUCUUACUUUUGAAUCUUUGAUGAUUGUUUUUGCAACUUCUGAAUGUUAAUAUUAUGUUCUCAAUGUUAUUUUAUUAUUUGAAUUUU